AAUUGGUAUACAUAACACUACUAUAACUAGUGAGCAUUCAAUGAAAUUAAAUUCGAUUUAUUGAUAUUGAAAUCUUCCCUAGAAUUGUAGGAUCUCAGGUUCAAACCCUACUUAGAGCGAAUGAAUUGAAGGAAAAGAAAAAAGAAAAAAAGAAAAGCUAAAGCAGCCCCAAAAUUAAAGUUCGAAUGAUGGGGUAAAGAGAAUACAAAAUUCUCCAAGGCUUCAUAUUUAACUUUCACCAAGUUUGAGAGGUGGACCACAAAAUUCUCCAAGGUUUCAUGUUUAACUUUCACCAAGAUUGAUUAAAGCGGAAGCAAGGAAGUUAUUCCAUUUAUAUAUAACGUAAUGCAGCAAGAAAACAAGCCACAGACCACACCUGUGCUUGAAAUCAAUUACCUUAUUUUGCUCUAAAGUUUAAAACAAAAAAAAAAAAAAAAAGAAAAUGAGCCAAACCACGGUAUCACAUUCGGAGCUGAAAAAAAAGCCACGAUCGGCAAGAAAUCUUGACGAUAACUCGAUCAUGGAGGACCUCAAGGUGGAAGGUACGCCUGAGGAUCUCCAACCAUUUGAUGUCAAGCCUCUUUUCCAUCUGGUGGAGGACAUCGUCAAUCGUGCAAUCCAAAAUGUUAAUAGCAGUGUCAUGGACACUAGAGCAUACAUGGAAGACAAGACCCACAAAGAAGAAGUCAUUCGUAUACGUGAAAGGUUCUCCUUUAAGAUGGAUCAAAUCUCGUACAAGAUAGCAUACAACACUUCGAGCGGAGAAGAUGAACACGCCACACUACUCUCAAUAAUAAAUAAAAUUCUAUCAGGGCAUUCCUGGGUAGCUAAAUUAAUAUUAACUCUAACAGCUUUUGCUUUGAACUAUGGAGAAUGCUGGCGUCUUGCUCUCAUCUAUUCUUCAGACCAGCUUGCCAAGUCCAUGGCAAUUCUAAAGCAAGUAGCUGACAUUCAUAAGCUAUCUGGACUCUCUGCUCCUCCGUUGGAAGCUGUUAACGAUCUAGUCAAAGCAAUGAUGGACGUGACGAGGUGCAUCAUUGAGUUUCAGGACCUGGGAGCCCAACUUGACAAGGCACACCAAGUAACAGCAUAUUCUGCAGGACUAGCCCAGAUCCCACUCACUAUCUACUGGGUUAUCAGAAGUGUAUUGGCUUCUGCAUCUCAGAUUACCAGCCUCACCAGCUUGGGCUUUAACUAUGUAAUAUCAAGCACAGAGAAGGAAGAACUAAUCUUCUUGACAGAAAAGCUUAACAACAAGAAAAAGGAGAUUAAGAAGCAGCAAAACUUAUGCCUUCCGAUCUUAGAGAAGGCAACCAUGAAAAAGCGUCUGGGUAUAAUUAAGAGCCUUCUUGAACUUCCCCAAGUUGACAACAUGAAUAUUCUCAGGGCAAUUAUUUACUAUAAGGAUGAUCAACAACCACUUGUUGAUGGUUCCAACAAAAAGGUUGACGUCGACGUCCUGAGGAAAAAACUGGUGCUGCUGCUAAUUUCAGACUUGGACAUUCCGGAAGAUGAUGUAAAUGUGGUGAAACAGAUAUAUGACAAGUCAAGGAACAUCGAACAAAUAAAGGGUGAAGACCAAUUUGAGAUCGUUUGGCUCCCAAUUGUUGACCCAUCCUCCUCUAACUCUGAGACUGCUAAAAGAAAAUUUGAGGAGAAGAGGAACUCUAUGCCUUGGUAUACUGUGAACCAACCUUCACUGAUUGCUCAGGAAGUUAUCAAAUUGGUUAAGGAGGAGUGGCAUUUUGAUAAGCAGCCAAUUAUUGUGGUGAUAGACGCGCAAGGCCAGGUUGCCUGCCCAAAUGCACUACCCAUGAUGUGGGUCUGGAGGAAUGUAGAAUACCCUUUCACUAUAGGAGCACAGGAAGCUCUAUGGAGAGAGAAGAGUUGGAACCUUGAGUUGCUGGUGGACGACAUCUUGCCAUCAAUCCUUAAAUGGAUGAGAGAGGAAAAGUGCAUAUGCCUUUAUGGAGGAGAAGAUAUGGAAUGGAUCAAGAUGUUCACGACAAGAGCACCUUAUGUAGCAAAAGCAGCUGAUAUUUCGUUGGAGAUGGUGUACGUAGGGAAGAGAGAACCUAGUGAACAAGUUCAGAGACACAUUACAACGAUAACUAGUGGAGGACUCAGCCACUCCAUGACAAGGGAGGAACAAUGGCGCUUUUGGAAAAGAAUAGUAAAUAUGGGGCAUUCCAGGAUGCAGUUAGGCAACACUAUUUAUGAGGAUCCCAUAAUGCAGGAAAUCAUUUCAUUGCUUAACUUGGAUGCCACCGCAGGCGUAUGGGCUGCUUUUGGUCAUAAGUCAGAUUUAAUCAUCAAAGCAAAAGGAAACGAAAUCUUGAACAGCUUAAUUCAUUUUGUUGAGUGGAAGGGUAGUGUGGAAACAAAAGAUCGUUUCGUUCCUGCCCUUCAAGAUAGCCUCAUUAUGCAUCAAGGCCAGAUUGAUGUAAUUAAGCACAUCGAAUCUUUCGAGAAACUGGUAAGUCAAUUUAAGACGACCCAACAAAUUGACUGCAUGAGGGUUCUCAAGGCUUUGAUUUCUGGGAAAAAUCAUUCGCAGCCACUUGUUGAUGGAGCCACCAAGAAGAGGGUUAACAUUGAUCUUCUGAGAAGAAAAGAAUUGCUAUUGCUGGUGUCAGACCUUAACAUAGAGGAGAUGGACAUUGUUGUAAAGAUAUACAAUGGUAUUCAUCAGCAGCAACAGAAACAGAAACCAGAAAGUUCAUAUGCGAUUGUAUGGCUUCCAAUAGUAGACCCAGCUAUCAUGCGGACGUCAGAGAGGGCGCUAAAGCAAUUUGAGAAUCUGCAGGCCCAAAUGCCAUGGUACUCAGUGCACCACCCUUCAAUGAUUGACCAGGCAGCCAUGAAGUUCAUCAAAGAAGUGUGGGGUUUUGAUCAAAAGACUAUUCUUGUGAUGCUUGAUCAGCAAGGGAGGGUUGCAUGCCCAAAUGCUCUUCACUUAAUGUGGAAUUGGGGCACUUCAUCCUUCCCUUUAGCCAACUUAAAGGACAAAGACCCCUGGAAGGAUAUUAGCAUUUUGAAGCUUGAACUGUUGGUUGAGGGCCUCGAUUCGCCAAUUAUAGAUUGGAUUAAAGAUGGAAAAUUCAUAUGCCUGUAUGGCGGAGAAGACAUGGAGUGGAUCCGCAAAUUUACUAACACUGUACGUAAAGUGGCAGAAUUUGCUAGAAUCCCUUUGGAGAUGCUGUAUGUGGGGAAGAGCAAUCCGAAUGAACGAGUGAUGAGGAACAUGGAAACUAUCAAAACUGAAAAGCUUAGCCACUGCUUGGAACAACGGAGUCUAAUCUGGUUGUUCUGGUACAGGAUACAAAGUAUGUGGAACUCCAGAUAUCAACUAGGGAAAAAGAUUGAAGAUGAUCAAAUAAUGCAAGAGCUGACUUCGUUACUUAGCUUUGAUGGUAUUGAUGAAUGCGGAUGGGCCUUAAUUUGUAAAGAAACAACUGAAAUGGUAAAAGCCAGGGGGAGCGACUUUUUGAAUUGCUUGUUGAAUUAUAGCGAAUGGAAAAAGAAUGCAUUGCAGAAGGGCUUCUUGGCUGCGUUUCAAGAAAAGCUUGUGGGCAGUAGUGCACCGGAGGAGUGCUACCAGCUAGUGCUUCCUGAGUCGGUUGAGAACACAUUAGGAAGCGUUGAUUGCUCACAAUGUCACUACCCCAUGGAAAGGUUCAUCGCAUUUAGAUGUUGUGGCUGAUCAUAUUCUUUAUCGUUCCCAGGAAUUCAUGUCCUUCCCUAUUCUUGUUUUUCCUUCUCUCUUUUUUUUUGUUUUUUUCUCUUUUCUUUUGUUUUUUUAAGUUUUAAAUUGUCCAAUGGCUACGUCUAUAAUGUGAAACCUAAAUUAUCAUA